CAAGAAGCCAGAGAAAGAGGAGCGAGGUUGAACUAGGACUACAACUCCCACCAGGCUCCGCGUCGUCCGUCCUUUCCUUUCAAAACGCGAAGGAAAAGGAACAGGACGAAUGGAGGCUUUUGAGUGCUCGUUUCUCAAAAGGCGGGAAAGGCGAACUACACCUCCCGGCAAGCCGCGCGCGCCUGCGCCUGCGCUCUGGUAUCUGUCGCCAUCUUGCCCCUUCUGAGGCACCGCAAACAAACCUAAUUCCUGGUGUCCCCUAGUCUUGGCGGAGGAGCCUUUUAGAUGAGCCCCGAAAGGCCGGGCAGGGAGGACAAGCUCUUUGGGGCUACCAAACAGAAGCAGCAAUGCCUGUUGUGUGGCCAACCCUUUUGGAUCUCAGCAGGGAUGAAUGCAAACGGAUUCUUCGAAAAUUGGAACUGGAGGCAUAUGCUGGAGUUAUCAGUGCACUUCGGGCACAAGGGGAUCUCACCAAGGAAAAGAAAGAUCUUCUUGGAGAACUCUCUAAAGUCCUUAGCAUCUCAACAGAGCGCCACCGUGCUGAAGUUCGGAGAGCAGUAAACGAUGAACGGUUAACAACAAUUGCACAUAAAAUGAAUUUAUCCUUAUAUUUGGGUGAAAGACCAAGUUACAGUAUGUCUGGACCUAAUAGUUCUUCAGAGUGGUCCAUCGAAGGACGUAGAUUGGUACCACUGAUGCCCAGGCUGGUUCCCCAGACUGCCUUCACUGUAACAGCGAAUGCUGUGGCCAAUGCAGCUGUCCAGCACAAUGCAUCCCUUCCCGUGCCUGCAGAGACAGCAAAUAAAGAAGUAGUGGUUUGCUAUUCCUACACAAGUACCACGUCUACCCCAACCUCUACCCCUGUUCCAAGUGGCAGCAUAGCAACGGUUAAGUCUCCAAGACCUGCCAGUCCUGCCUCCAGUGUAGUUGUCUUGCCAAGUGGAAGUACUGUAUAUGUCAAAAGCGUUAGCUGCUCAGAUGAAGAUGAAAAACCCAGAAAACGCAGGCGAACAAACUCCUCUAGCUCCUCUCCUGUUGUCCUGAAGGAAGUUCCAAAGGCUGUUGUUCCGGUCUCAAAGACGAUCACUGUGCCUGUGAGUGGAAGUCCCAAGAUGAGUAACAUUAUGCAGAGCAUUGCCAACUCCUUACCACCCCAUAUGUCACCCGUGAAAAUAACUUUCACGAAGCCAUCAACACAGACAACAAACACAACGACACAGAAGGUUAUUAUAGUGACCACAUCACCAAGUUCAACCUUCGUGCCCAACAUUCUCUCCAAAUCCCAUAACUAUGCAGCAGUCACUAAGCUUGUACCAACAUCAGUCAUUGCCUCUACGACUCAGAAGCCUCCUGUUGUUAUAACUGCAUCCCAGGCCUCUCUGGUCACCAGUAGCAGCAAUGGCAACAGCAGCUCUACAUCAUCACCUAUUUCUAGCACAGUUGCAGUAACAGCGGUGGUGUCUUCCACACCAUCUGUGGUCAUGUCAACAGUAGCACAAGGUGUAUCCACAUCAGCAAUCAAAGUGGCGUCUACAAGACUUCCUUCCCCCAAAAGCUUAGUAAGUGGCCCUACCCAGAUUCUUGCACAGUUUCCCAAACAGCAUCAGCAGUCUCCUAAGCAGCAGUUACAGCAAGUGCAACAGCAGACACAGCAGCCUGUGGCCCAGCCUCCUUCAGUGCCGCAGCAGCAGCAGCAGCAGCAGCAGCAGCAGCAGCAGCAGCAGCAGCAGCAGCAGCAGCAGCCUCAGCAGCCACCGUUGCCACCUGGGAUCAAACCUACCAUCCAGAUUAAACAGGAGUCAGGUGUUAAAAUCAUCACACAGCAGGUUCAACCAAGUAAAAUCUUACCCAAACCAGUGACUGCAACUCUGCCCACCAGUAGCAAUUCCCCAAUUAUGGUGGUUAGCAGUAAUGGUGCAAUUAUGACAACUAAACUGGUAACCACUCCUACCGGUACUCAGGCAACCUAUACCCGGCCUACAGUGAGCCCAUCCUUAGGUCGUGUGGCCACAACCCCUGGAGCUGCAACCUAUGUGAAAACUACCAGUGGUAGCAUCAUCACUGUAGUACCCAAAUCAUUAGCUACCUUGGGAGGCAAGAUAAUUAGCAGUAAUAUUGUUUCUGGAACGACUACCAAAAUUACUACAAUCCCAAUGACUUCCAAGCCCAACGUGAUUGUUGUACAAAAAACUACAGGAAAAGGAACGACCAUUCAAGGCCUCCCUGGCAAAAACGUUGUCACAACACUGCUAAAUGCUGGAGGAGAAAAGACUCUUCAGACAGUGCCAACUGGAGCCAAGCCAGCAAUAAUUACUGCUACGAGACCCAUCACCAAAAUGAUUGUAACACAGCCCAAAGGAAUAGGUUCCGCAGUCCAGCCAGCGGCUAAAAUCAUUCCAACAAAAAUCGUCUAUGGACAACAGGGGAAAACACAGGUUCUCAUUAAACCCAAACCAGUGACAUUUCAAGCUACAGUUGUUAGUGAACAAACAAGGCAGCUCGUAACAGAAACAUUACAGCAAGCAUCCAGGGUAGCAGAGGCCGGUAAUUCAUCUGCUCAGGAAGGAAAAGAAGAACCACAGGGUUACACAGACAGUAGUUCUUCUUCCACAGAGUCCUCCCAGAGUUCUCAAGAUUCCCAGCCUGUAGUUCAUGUAAUUGCUUCCCGGCGUCAGGAUUGGUCAGAACAUGAGAUUGCAAUGGAGACUAGCCCCACCAUAAUAUAUCAGGAUGUAUCCAGUGAAUCACAAUCAGCUACUUCAACAAUCAAAGCUCUGUUAGAACUCCAACAGACAACAGUAAAGGAAAAAUUGGAAUCUAAACCAAGACAACCCACUAUUGACUUGAGUCAAAUGGCAGUACCUAUUCAGAUGACCCAGGAAAAGAGACAUUCUCCUGAGAGUCCAUCCAUUGCUGUGGUAGAGUCAGAACUAGUUGCUGAAUACAUCACCACGGAACGCACUGAUGAGGGGACAGAGGUUGCUUUUCCCCUUCUAGUCAGCCAUCGCUCCCAGCCCCAACAGCCUUCCCAGCCCCAGCGGACCCUGCUCCAGCAUGUGGCUCAGUCACAGACUGCAACACAGACUUCGGUGGUAGUGAAAUCCAUCCCAGCGUCUUCCCCUGGAGCAAUCACCCACAUCAUGCAGCAGGCAUUAAGCAGUCACACUGCUUUUACCAAACACAGCGAGGAACUUGGAACUGAGGAGGGUGAGGUUGAAGAGAUGGACACAUUGGAUCCUCAGACAGGUCUGUUUUACCGCUCUGCCCUGACACAAUCUCAGUCAACUAAACAGCAGAAACUUAGCCAGCCCCAACUGGAACAGACUCAGCUGCAAGUGAAAACUUUGCAGUGCUUCCAGACCAAACAGAAGCAGACCAUCCACCUGCAGGCCGACCAGCUCCAGCACAAACUCACACAGAUGCCCCAGCUCUCCAUCAGGCAUCAGAAACUGACUCCUCUCCAGCAGGAACAAGCACAGCCCAAGCCAGAUGCACAGCACACACAGCAUACCGUGGUGGCCAAAGACAGGCAGCUUCCUACCUUAAUGGCACAGCCCCCACAGACUGUAGUACAGGUGCUUGCCGUGAAAACCACACAGCAGCUUCCUAAACUGCAGCAAGCUCCAAACCAACCAAAAAUCUACGUGCAACCCCAAACUCCUCAGAGCCAGAUGGCGCUCCCCACCUCAUCAGAGAAACAGCCUGCAAGCCAGGUGGAGCAGCCAAUUAUAACCCAAGGAUCCUCUGUUACAAAGAUAACAUUUGAGGGGCGCCAGCCUCCCACAGUUACAAAGAUAACUGGUGGCAGUUCUGUUCCUAAGCUGACAUCACCAGUUACAAGCAUAUCUCCCAUUCAGGCCUCUGAGAAGACAGCAGUGUCAGACAUUUUGCAAAUGUCUUUGAUGGAAGCUCAGAUUGAUACAAAUGUAGAACAUAUGGUAGUGGAUCCCCCAAAGAAGGCUCUAGCCGCCAAUGUGCUCACUGGUGAGGCAGGAGCUCUACCCUCCACCCAUGUGGUGGUGGCAGGGAUGACGAAAUGUAGAGAGUCCUGUUCAAGUCCAUCUGCUGUUGGCCCUCCCCUAACGACCAGAAAAAUGGAAGCAGCAGGAGUGCCUACGACAGGCCAGUUCAUGCGUAUUCAGAAUGUAGGCCAAAAGAAAGCUGAAGAGAGCCCAACAGAAAUUAUCAUCCAGGCCAUUCCCCAGUAUGCUAUUCCUUGUCACUCCAGCUCCAACGUGGUGGUGGAGCCCAGUGGGCUUCUAGAGUUGAACAACUUCACCAGUCAGCAGCUAGAUGACGACGAGACUGCCAUGGAGCAGGACGUAGACAGCAGCACGGAGGACGGGACUGAACCCAGCCCCUCUCAGAGCGCUGUAGAGCGGUCCUAGUGUGCAGACGCCGCUGGAGUGCACUUUAGAGCCUGCGUGGUUACCAAAUGUCCAGGGAAACUUACAAUUUGUUAUAGUGAAAAAAAAAAAAAAAGCACUUUGCUCAUACUUAGGCUGGGGACCUAGUAACACAGUGUUUCAAUGAGAUGUUGCUACAGGAGCAGCAUUUUAACAAGAUUAAAACUCACAGAGGAAUGUACUUUAAAAAAAAUAGAAAAAGAAAAAAAAAAGCAAAGGAAACGAUGCACCCCGUGGAGCGCUGGCACCUUGUUGGUGCUAAGCAGUGAGAAGAGACUUUCCUGUGAGUGGUUCUCUGCUGCUUUCCACUGAGCAAAUGCCACCAGAGAAUGUUAAAAGGAAAAGAAAGGAGAAUAGGAAGAGUUUGUAUUUUUGAAAUGAUGUAUCUGAACAGUUUUUUAAAAAUCGUGUUUGUUUUUGCAGAUCCCUGGAAAUGUUGAUUUGGCUAACAUUUUACAUUUGCUCAGUUUUUGAUUAGUUUAUGAAUACCUAGGAAAGUUCUGGCAUUAAAGAGUCCUUGCUGGAGGGUAAACAUCAGAUUGCUGACCGGGAAGUGUUUGGGGUGGCUUGUAUAUGUGCUCCUUGGUUGUAUACUAAUUUAUUGUGGUGUUCCACACUUCCUAUUUAUUUAAUGUAAAUGUUUUCAAGCAGGGCAGAUCCCUUCUCCUACAUAUCCUGGGAAGCUGGAUCGCCUGGCCUUCCCACCUCCCCACACCCCACACCCCUUUAAGAAGACGGAUUAGAGAAGGCUUGGUCAGGAAGCAGAGGAAAAGACAUUUCUAGCCCAAAAGAAAUGUUCAGUCCUAUUGAUGAAAGUGAACUCUUCCCUCAUUCGAGCUUUCUCGACACGAAGUUGCACAUCCGUGUUGGACACGAAGUUGCACAUCCGUGUUGGACACGAAGUUGCACAUCCGUGUUGGACACGAAGUUGCACAUCCGUGUUGGACACGAAGUUGCACAUCCGUGUCGGACUGAGACUUUGGAAACAACUUUCGCUUACUUUGGUUUAAAUCCUUUGAAAUGUAUGAAAAUGUUCACUCACAGUUCUAAAUGUAAUGUUUUUAAGUUUUUACUUUUUUAGGGCACAGUUUGUUUACAUGCUGGUGUGGUCUUGUGAUUGCUGUCUAUCACAAGUAGAAUGAAGGGUAAGGGUUGGGAGGGUAAGAAUUUUGACAAGCUGUGGCAAAGGAAACUAUACUUUCCAUUUUUAAAAAGUGUAAAUAGAAAAGUUUUUAACGGUUUUAUAUGAAUUUCACUAUAAAUAAGCAUUUUAAGACUGACAAAUGUUGAACUGUAUAUACAUUUAUCAGCAUAACUGCCCAAUUUUUGGUGCUGAAGUACUGUAAGUAGAAUUUAUCAGUGGUGUCCUAAUUUUUGCGUCUACCCCUGGGGAAAAGAACUGUGAUGCCAUAGUUAAUCAACUCACACACUGAAAAUCUCAGCAGGAGCAUCCCUGAGACCUCUUGCUCCUGGUGAUUGUCCCCGUUUCUACUAGGUGAAAGUUACUCACCCAUAGAUGGAGCUCUUGGAUAGCAUUUUAUUGUAUAAAUGUGUUUCAACCACUUUGUGACUGUUCCUAGCUAAGGAAAAAUUUAACUUCUCUUGGGUCAUAGACAUCUGACUAAACUAUGAACUCUCUUACCAAAAAAAAAAAAAAAAAAAAUACACAUGCCAGUACACAUGUUAAGAUUUUGCAUACAAUUUUAGGGACUUAAGAGCUCCUAAGACCAUCCAUGUAUUCCAGGUUAAGCCUUGUGUUAUAGUCAAUCCAUUACUUACAGGUGUAAGUUUUUAUUAAAUAAAAUAUCUUUUGGAUACACAUGGAUCAGGAAAUAAGAACAAACUUGAAUAAGUUAUGUUCCAUCUCUACUAUCAGCACACAAUGCCUAUGUCUCUGAGAAUUUAGCUUCACUGUGCUCCAACAGCUUAAAUGACAAAUGAGUCUACUUUAGUCUGCAUUUAAACAAUCAUGUGCAUAUAUACACACACACAUGAAUUAUCAAGUAAGAUUUUUUUUCUCUUGAGUAGUUCUAAUGCAAAUUAGAGCAUGAUUUUAUGAGCAAAUAAUAUUCAUUCCUCUUUUAGUGCCAGGUAAGGUUCUAGCCACCAAGGAUAUUACAGUGGGGACAUGGAAAUCCUACCCAGAUGGAGCUUAUAGACAGGACUCCUGCUGGUGAAGGAAGGGGGAACAACAAUUCAGGGGUUCUUCCUCUCUUUUUAAUCAGCACAUACUCAGCAUAUGUAGUUAUUUUAUCUGUAUGUGUGGAGGACAGAGAUCAACCCUACGCUUGUUGCAUAGAAGCCAUCUUCCUAGUUCCUGAGUUUUUUAAAUUAUAUUUUUAUGUAUUUUAUUUUUGUACAUAUAUACAUAUACAGUGUGUGUGUGUGUGUGUGUGUGUGUGUGUGUGUGUGUGUGUGUGUGUGUUAUGUCUAUGUACAUGUGCAGGCUCUGGGUCAUGGGAAUUUGACUCAGGGAUCCAGCCUGGCAGCAGGUGGCUUUACCCACUGAGACACCUUGCUGGUCCCCACCUUGUGUUUUGCAACAGGGACCUGUAGCUUGCUGACGAGUAUACACUUGCUGCCUAGAUAGAUUUGUUGCCUAGCAAGUCCCAGGAGCUGCCUAAGUCCGCUUCCUCAGUGCUGGGGUUAUAAGCACAAGUCAUGGUCUGGCUUUUCAUGUGAGUGCUGAUUUUUGUGUUUGUGUGGCAAAUACUGUACUGACUUAUCUCCCCAGCCCCAGCACUGGGUUUCUUAGACAUUUUGUCUAAGCAUGUUCUUUGACCACAUUCCCCAGGUUCCCCCAACCCUUAUUUUACAUGUGUGAGUAUUUGGCCUAUACAUGUCUGGUGCACAUACAUUCAUUGCCCAUGGAUUCCCUGAGACUGGAGUUACAGACAAUGUGAGAUACCAUGUGAGUGCUGGGAAUUGAAACCAGGCCCUGUUAGAACAGCUACCAUGGCUUUAGAUGACUCUUAACUACUGAGCCAUCUCUCCAGUCCCUUUAUUAAGUGGAUUGACAAUGACAGUGAGAACAUGUCUGGAUCCAUCCUUAGACAUGCUUUUGCUGAAGUUGAUAGCAUUAUUUCUUGUUUUAUGUUUAAGCCCAUAAACUAAAAAUAAUUAUAAGCUAUCUCUGAAGAAUAUUUAGAGAUAAUGAUGCACUUCUGCAAAGCCAUUAGAAUUCUGUUAAUCAUUGAAGAUUUAGUUUUGAGUUGGGAGAUGUAGCUCAGUUAGUAGAAUGCUUGCCUGGAAUGCACAGAGCUCUGAGUUUGAUCCUUAGCACCACAGAAAAACUAGACGAAGUGGCAGAUGCUUAUAAUUCCAGUUUUUGGUGGGUAGAGGCAGGAGAAUGAAAAGCCACAUUCAUUCUCUACCACAUAAUACAUUUGACCUCAAAUGUAUUAUCUCAAAAGAGAUUUGGUUUAAAGUAAACUAAUAAAUACCUACUAUUGCAGGUGUACCUUAUGGUGAAUUUUAAAGACUCCUUCUAUUUUUUAUUUAUUGUUUUUGAAAUACAUGUCAUGUUACUAUAUAGCUUUGACUGACCUGGAAAUCACUGUGUAGACAGGCUGGCCUUGAACUCACAGUUUUACUGAGUACCCAGGCCAUGUACUUGCACACAUAAUGUUUGUGGCUCAACGGUUUCUAGGAUUUUUCACUUAUAGUGCACCCAUUACCAAAAUCAAUUUUAGAACAUUUUCAUCAGUCAAUAAGAGAAAGUACCUCCAGCAGCAUCAUCAGCACGACUACUUCUCUAGCCCUCGGGCACCGUUCGUCUUUCUGUCCCUAUGGACUUCCUGCUUCGGGUGCCUCAUUGGAAUGGAAUCCAGUAGAUGGUCUUACGUGAUGGCUUUCACUUGGUGUCACAUCUCAAGACUCAUCCAUUUGGAGCCAGUGUUAGUGCAUCCUUCCUUCUGGCUGUUCCUACACAUGGCUGCAUCACCUUAAAAACCAGCGGAUGGACACGUGUUGUUUUACUUCUUGGCUAUUAUGAGCCUAUGUUGCUGCAAACUCUUGUGCACAAAUUAUGCUUAGGUUUCAAUUCUCCUGAGUAACUAACUACCUUUGACCUUUUAAGGAACUGCCAAGAUUGUUUGCCACAGAGACCAGGUGUUUUGCAUUCAGUCUAGCUAUGCAUGAGGGCUUCUUGCCAACACUUGCAAUUGGCUCUUCUAAUGUAGCCUCCCUAGUAUCUGUAGUGGUACCUCAUUGUGGUUAUGACACAUUUCCCUGAUAGCUAGUGAUGAGCAUUUUUUUUUUUUAAAUGAGCAUCUUGGUCAUUGGUUUGUCUUUGGAGAAGUAUCUCUUUGGUCUCAUCAGUGGUUUUGUAACUUCAGUUGGGAAUGUGUGAAGUGCUAGAAGUAUUACUACUAAAGUUAUUCUUCACUAUCAUUAAAAUUUGUUUGAGUCGG